GAUUCACUAAACCUGUUGUGUCCGAUUCAUUCUGUGCGGAACUGGGCGUCACUCCCCGUAGGCGAGGACGGACUUCACGGCGUUUUCGUGAGAGAUUCCGGUGUCCCUCCGCCACUCGCUCGAGGCAGGCGACGACGGGAGUUUUAGAGUGGUAACAAUCCCCAUACCCCCCGCUCCCCCAAGGCCGGGACCGAACCUGGCGCUGGUUUUCUCCGCGACGAAACAAAAAAAACAUUACUACAGUAAUUGAGCCAAAGAAGCCUGUGAAGUGACUUUAUCUUGUGUUAUCUCAGAAGGGGAGCAUUUCCGGACCCAUGUUUAUAUGGACAUUUUGCUUUGUUUUGAUACGUAGCAUCUGUGGUUAAAGUUUGACCAGACCUUUUAGAAACACCCUGUAUAUCAUCAAAAUUGCACAAUCUGCAGCGGUCGGUAAAGAGGAGUACUCUAAUGGACAUUAAAACGAUUCGAGGUAACUUCCAUGGGUGGCAGCAGUUUCGCAACUUAACGAACGAUUUGAAAGUUGAUUUUACUCCGAAAGUCCAACAUUUCCAGCGUGUCGAUUCUAUCUGCGUGUUUUUGACAACAUGUUCCCGUCCUUGCGUGGCAAAAAUGGUGACAACGAUUGUUGAUGAAUCGUGUAUGUGUCGCGAUUUUGUGACGUGCGUACGAGUCCAAGACGGAAAAUACAUCAACGGUGGAGCUUCUCGAGUUUAUCGGUUGUCUCGCAAAGAUCCUGUCUGAUCCUGUCGUACUGCGUGCUUCUGUCCACGCCGGUUUUUUUUUCUGUGCAAUUGCUUCGAACCCCUAGAGAGGACACCGAGGAGUGUGCAGAAAAUUCUGAAUUAAUAUACGUAUAGGAAAAAUAAUUGUUUAAGUGGAUUGCAUAUAAGACAAUAGACUAGAAAUGAUAUCGAAUUACAAUUCAAGGAACUCUACAGGCGACACGGAAAACUUUACGCUGCAUCUUUCUGAAGGAUCUACUAUUGAAGACACUCAAGAUCUUGUUGCAACCGAUAAAAUCAAUAAAAGAGAUGGGAAUGAUGUUAUCGUGAUCAGUGAUUCUAGCUCCAACUCGUCGUUUGACUGUAGUGAUAUACUAGACUCAAAGACUUCAAAUUUUAAUAUCAAAAAUAAGAAGAAGACGAUAUAUCCGAAAUCAAAUGUAUUGGAGAUUUUUUCAAAGCAUGAGGAACAAGACAAGCUCGAUCGACCAUGGCGAAUGUGUGAUAAAGCCUUAGAUAGUGCCUUAGAUAGAUACAGAAACAAAACCGUCACAAAUGCUAACAAGACAAUUUAUACUUCCAAUGAGACCACUGCCAGCAGUUGCGAUGCAAGUUGCAACAGGAACAUAAAGAAUCGAGAUAGAUACGAUGCUGAACAAUUCUGCAAAACUCCCGUGCCAACGUCCAUGGAACAACAAAUGGCAGACAAAUAUGGUAUUAAACAGACUGAUAAAGUGAUUAUACCAAGCGGUAUCACACAUUGCUCCAAGGUUCUCAGUCGAUUAAAUACACCACAGCCAAAAAGUGCAGAAAAAUCAACACUCACAAAGGAAGAUACUCGGAGAAUCUGGAGGAACAUUAAGCAGGCGAAGUUUACGUACGCUUCUCCCAGGGAGAGGAAGGAAACCAAUGUGAUAAUUGACGAGAGCAUAGAAGUGGAUGAGGAUAUGAUACAUCCAGCUAUAUCGCCCAGAAGUAAUAAGAAACUGGCGCAUCGCAACGAUGACAGCUGCGAUGUUAUCGAUACGAGUCUCAAGGAUGACGUUAUUCCUGACUCGCAAAACAAUUCGAAACCGUUCCACCCAAUUAGCGAGCAUUUUUCCGUUACGCCAAGGGAGGAGCAGCAGCUACACAGACCUUUGUCCGAAAGGAAAAAGAGGGAUAUCUCGCAAUGGCUUAUGAUGAAUUUACCAGACUCUUCAAGCGACAGUUCUUGCAGUGGCGUGCCUCCAAGCACGAGAAACAGCAAGGGUUCCGCGAACAGCACUCUCGAACGAUUGGAACAGAACUACGAGACUCCGAAUAAUAGAGAAAGAUUUAACAAAGCGCAGAGCAAUAGAAAAGAGACUGAAAUUAUGAAUACUAAUAACAGAGCAAUUGAGCCAAGUCUGACGCGUCAAGCUAUAAUGAAUAAAGUUGUAGAAAAAUCUAGAAAUGAAAAUUUAGAAUUCAAGACGCCAGAUAGAUCAACAGUUUCACCAAAAGCUGACAACAAGUCUUCCACGGCGACGAAUGCUCCUGAGAUGGGUAUAAACGAUUGCAUGGAGAUUUUGGAUAAGCUGUAUGGCAAAUCGUGGAGAGAUAAAGCCAAUGCGUUACUACCAAGCUCAGAACCACGAAAUACGUCCAACCAAACGAUGAAUAGAGCUGUUCAAACCGAGCGGAAACCGUUUUCAAAGAAUCGUUAUUAUACAUCCGAUUCGGAUUUCGACGAGUCCGACUUGGAUAAAAAUAAAAUUAGAAUUCGGAAGAAGAAAAAUCAACGAAAGCAGAAAGACUCGGACAGCUUCAUUAAUGACGAAUCAUUGUCGGAUAGCGGCAGUGAGAGUAUAUACCACACUGCACUGACGAAUCCUAGAACAUCUACGAACAGUACGGCAUCGAGACCUGUGCCAGUAUCAGCUUCAGUUAAACGGCUUCAGGCGAUAUGCGACACUGACAGCGAGGAUAAAAGUGAUAAAUCUAGCAAUAAUUCUAGGAAGAACUUGAACAGAAAGAAGUUAUUAUUUAGCGAUGACGACAGUGACAACACGAGUGAAUUCGAUCCAGGAGAUUACGUACCACCUAAAAUUGUGUACAGGAAAGAGACUGUCAAGACGCCUCAGCCAUUCAAAACAGCUUCCAGAUUUAUAUCGGCAAGUGAUACCGCGAGCAAGAGCUUUCUCGCGUCCUUGUCAAGUACCGUUCCCACGAACUGUGUUCAUCCAGACGCAAAGAGGUAUCGAUCGAAUUACAAGAAUAACAAGGAAGCACUGUGCAAGGAAUUGUAUAGAUUGUACAAUGAGAAAGUGUUUGAUAAUAAGCUGCCUCAAGAGAUGCCGAUCGAAUGGAACGUUCGUAUGAGAGGCACCGCCGGGUAUUGUUACAACAAAAAGACUAUAAGAAGUCUUAGCGGAGCCGCUAAGUCAUCGAGGAUCGUGUUAGCAACAAAGAUUUUGGAUGCACCAGACAGAUUGAGAGAUACGUUGAUUCAUGAGAUGUGUCACGCUGCAGCUUGGCUGUUAAAUGACGUUUCGGAUGGUCAUGGGCCAUUUUGGACGGGAUGGGCUAAUAAAGCAAUGAAGACGUUCCCCGAAUUGCCACCAAUCCGUCGAUGUCAUGACUACGAAAUUAAGACGAAGUUUACGUACAGAUGCACUGGUUGUGGCUACAGUAUCGGGAGGCACUCCAAGUCUCUGAAUACCGAGAGAAAGCGCUGUGGCCACUGUUACGGGAAGUUUGAAUUGUUAAUUAACAAAACUACCAAGUCGGGCACUACCGUGCAGGUCCAGACCCCGAAGAAGGAGCCUUCCGGUUUCGCGCUUUACGUGAAGCAGAACUACAACUCCGUGAAGAAGGAGAAGAGCAACAUAAGGCAUGCCGACGUGAUGAGGAUUUUAGGUCAGCAAUUUUCGGCAAUUAAGAUAGCAAGCAACAAGUGAUUCGGAUAUGCCUGACUUAAACGUGGAACGUGUAUAUUUGCCCUGGAAUUUUGAAAAUUUCGGGGCGCAAUUUUUGUACGAUUCUUAUAACGAAUGCCAUUUUAGCAGAUUUUAAAGCCGUUGACCAUGUGCACUCGGAUCUCUGUAAUUUUGCAUACGUAUCACAGAGAUCGCGAAUGCACGCGAUCAUAUGUAUCAUGUAUUAGUGUUGCAAUGUAUUUUGAUAUCUUUUUACUAUUGCAGGCACACGAAUGAGAUUUUAUAUAUAACAUAGAUUAUAUUUACAGACGCAUACAAGUACCCUUUUACACGUUCUGAUAAUAUUAUGAAUUAUAGAUUAAACUUGUAGCAGAGUAAUUUUGUAAUAAAAUUCGUACAGCAGUUUCAA